AAGGAUUUUAAGGCUACCAAAGUUACUCUACCUCCAAAUCAAAAAUGAGGGAAAUCUUACAUCUUCAAGCAGGACAGUGUGGUAACCAGAUCGGAGCUAAAUUCUGGGAGGUUAUCAGCGACGAGCAUGGCAUUGACCCCACAGGCACAUACCAUGGCGACAGCGAUCUCCAGCUGGACAGAAUCAACGUCUACUACAAUGAAGCAUCUGGUGGGUUUUUUCAGUGUGGGAAAUAUGUGCCCCGUGCUGUGUUGGUGGACUUGGAGCCUGGUACCAUGGACUCCGUGAGGUCUGGACCAUUUGGACAGGUCUUCAGGCCCGACAACUUUGUGUUCGGUCAGAGUGGUGCUGGAAACAACUGGGCCAAGGGUCAUUACACAGAGGGAGCAGAGCUGGUGGACUCUGUUCUGGAUGUGGUGAGGAAAGAGGCAGAAAGCUGUGACUGUCUACAGGGUUUCCAGCUCACCCACUCCCUGGGCGGAGGCACCGGAUCCGGCAUGGGUACCCUCCUCAUCAGCAAGAUCCGCGAAGAGUACCCUGACCGCAUCAUGAACACGUUCAGCGUGGUUCCCUCUCCCAAAGUGUCCGACACCGUGGUCGAGCCGUACAACGCCACGCUGUCCGUCCACCAGCUGGUCGAAAACACGGACGAGACCUACUGCAUCGACAACGAGGCCCUUUACGACAUCUGCUUCCGCACGCUCAAGCUCACCACGCCCUCUUACGGCGACCUCAACCACCUCGUCUCCGCCACCAUGAGCGGCGUCACGACCUGCCUCCGUUUCCCGGGCCAGCUCAACGCAGACCUGCGCAAGCUGGCCGUCAACAUGGUACCUUUCCCCCGUCUCCACUUCUUCAUGCCCGGCUUCGCGCCCCUCACCAGCAGGGGGAGCCAGCAGUACCGCUCCCUCACUGUCCCAGAGCUCACCCAGCAGAUGUUCGACGCCAAGAACAUGAUGGCCGCCUGCGACCCGCGCCACGGCCGCUACCUCACCGUCGCCGCCAUCUUCCGCGGCCGCAUGUCCAUGAAGGAGGUGGACGAGCAGAUGCUGAACGUGCAGAACAAGAACAGCAGCUACUUCGUGGAAUGGAUCCCCAACAACGUCAAGACCGCGGUCUGUGACAUCCCUCCCCGCGGCCUGAAAAUGGCCGCCACCUUCAUCGGCAACAGCACCGCCAUCCAGGAGCUGUUCAAGCGCAUCUCCGAGCAGUUCACCGCCAUGUUCAGGCGCAAGGCUUUCCUCCACUGGUACACGGGCGAAGGCAUGGACGAGAUGGAGUUCACCGAGGCCGAGAGCAACAUGAACGACCUGGUGUCCGAGUACCAGCAGUACCAGGACGCCACCGCCGAAGAGGAGGGAGAGUUUGAGGAGGAAGGAGAGGAAGAAUUGGCUUAAACCCUGUCUGUCUUGUAUCUGUGUCCAUGUUCCAGGCUGUAUAAUUUACUGACAUGCAAGAAAAACCCUUUCCAAAGCUGUUUUUUCUUCCUUUUUUUUUUUAUGUGUUUGUCAGUUCUGCUGUUCUGAUUCCUUGUCCUGUACAGAAACAUGCCAUUAAAAAAAAACAAAA